AUGUUGUCCAAGAGAACACCAGAGACUCCAAUUCCUGGCCGGUAUCGCGCGGCAAAAGCUUCAGCUUUCACGCUCCAGUCGCGCCGGGUUCCUCGCGACAGAACCAAAGAUCGAGUGCCUAAGGACAAAGAGCGAGAGAACUCUGGCUCUGGAUCUGGUUCCGGCUCAAUUCGGAGUAAGACUCGACGACUUGAGCAGCGUCGAAGAUUCGACAAACCCCCAGACGUAACAACACCCCCAACAAGUCCAAUAGUAAUGCUCCGCGUGGGCCCCGAAAACCGCCUCUUCGCCGCCCACGAAGCCAUCCUCUGCGCAUCGCCCUUCUUUGCCACGCACUGUACAGCCCAAACACCGGACCCGAAUGCGCCACGGCCUAGACUCCCCCUCCAACCGGCAAGCAAACGCAUUGACCUCCCAGACGAGCAAGCCGAAGUUUUCUCCUGCGUCCUCGAGUACCUCUACAAGGGCGACUACUACCCGCGGCUGCGACACAACAGCCGAACUCAGACAUGGGAGCUGGAGGACGCCGAUGCCGGCGUUGGCGCAGGCGCCAGUGGAGAAUUGGGACAGGCGACGGCGACGGUGUUUCAUCAUCGAGCGCAGGGGGUGAUAUUACGGGAUACGGCUAUUUACUGCGCAGCAGAGAAAUACAAACUCCCCCGUCUCCAGCGUCUCGCGCUGCGUAAACAGGGCCUGCACACUGGGAUCCAGUGCAGCACGAUACUUGCAAGUGCUCGGUUCGUGUACGAAAACACGCCGGAUACGGAGUCGAAGCUGCGGGCGCAUUACCUUGCGCUGAUUGUGCGGUCGCGGAGCACUUUUAUGCGCAGUGGAACUAUGCAGGCGGAGAUGGAGCGUGGGGGGAAAUUGUUUUUUGAUCUGUUUGUUGCUUUGUGUAAUCAUAUGGAUGACCCUACUGGUCAGUCGGUUGAUAGUUCAGCUGUUACCACUCAUUGUUAG